AAUUUGAUGUUAGUUAGCAUUUUUUAAGGUCCAUGAAAAAUUCUCACACUUCACCACAGCCAUAGGAGCUGACCCUUUAUAGUUGGAGCUUCUGGUUACGGCACUAUCCUAUAAAGUCCACACACAUCACAUAAUACCCACUUGCCCAUACAAACUGUUGCUAGAGAUAAUCUUCAAUCUCAAAACUCUGCAACUAAUGCAUUAACAAUAAAUAAAUAAAUACUCAUCUUUUGUAGUAUAGACUGGUUUGUGUAAUUUAAUAUUUUGAGGAUCUCUUUGCGGCUAUUUGGGGAAUUGUUUCCUUGGAGAGUGAGGUCAUCCAUCUCAUAGCUGAGGUGACAUCCCAGGUUUUCAUUAUUUUAACAUUUUAUUAUUUUUAAGAAUAUAUGAAGAAGAUUAUGUCUCCAAUCAGGAAGUGGGUCGUUGGAAGACAUGUAUUUUACUCCUUUCAUUUGAUCACAUUUUUCUUCUUCUGUAAUUAAAUAGAAAAAAGUAUUUUUUAGGUGGGGUUUGUACUGUGGCGUUGUUAGGAGUAUCUUGAGGGUGAACAAUCUGUUAAUGGAUCAAGAUAAAGGUGGGGAAUUGGAUCCGGUUCAUGAUGAGAAUUUGAGUCAUUUGGUUGAAGGGGUUGCAAUUGCAAGAGCUAGUAUAAGUGGAGAAGCUGGAGCUUCAGGAGAGGUGGGUAAGGAUUUGGGAUCUGAUAAGGAGCUAAAGGAGGGAGUUAAGAACAAGCAUGAUCAAGAAAAUAUCAGAGAUAACUUACCCGGGGUUGAUCAGGGAACUAGUUAUAAUUCAAACCAUUUGGUCAACCAGGAAGUGAUUGAAACUGUGGUUGUCAUUGAGUCUGAUCAGACUGAGUACGUCAAUGAAGAUAAUAGGAAAUUGGAAGCAAAAGUUGAUGAAUCAGAGUUGAGCUUGGUGUCCAUGAAAGCACCAAAAGGGGUGUCUGAAACUGAUAAAAAUUCAUGUGUAAUUGAUAUAAAGUGCAGCAGCCGCAAAAAGUUUUAUGAGAGUUCUGAAGAUGAAAUGAUUUGUAGGAUUUGCCAUCUGACUUCUGGGCAGCCAUUGGACGAAACAACUGUUGGCACUGAUAAUAGUGCUCCAAGUGCAGAUUUGAUUCAGCUUGGUUGUGCAUGUAAAGAUGAGCUAGGCAUUGCACACCUUCAUUGUGCUGAGGCGUGGUUCAAGCUUAAGGGAAACAGGUUAUGUGAAAUAUGCGGAGAGGCUGCAAAAAAUGUUUCAGGUGUUACUAGUAAUGGAUUUAUGGAAGAGUGGAAUGAUAGAAGCUUCAUGGAUAUUGAUGGCAACUCAUCCCGCAGGGUUGUUGGAUGCUGGCGAGGACAGCCAUUUUGUAACUUCUUGAUGGCAUGCCUGGUAAUAGCAUUUGUUCUGCCAUGGUUUUUUCGCGUAAAUAUGUUCUAGCUGCUCAGUGCUGAAUCAAACUCUAUUGUUUUUGCCUUCAAUUCUUCAUACUCACUAAUGUAGUGAGUGGAUGAUUGGUUUCUGGCAUACAUGAUAUGAGGCACCAUAACAUUUUAGUGGGAUGUUAAUGCUUAACCACAUGUCCAAGUUGAUAUUCUGCGUCUGUGUACUCCGAAGAAGAUGUGAAGCUUGACUAGGGAUGGCCAAUUUGAUAACUGGUUGCAUACUUUGGAGUGUGUGUUUUUGAGGUAAAUGUUGAUAAAUCCAGUUUACAUAUAUAACACGCAGAGAGAGAGAGAGAGAGAGAGAGAGAGUAUAUUUUACAUUUGGUGGCAAUUGAUCUUAUUUGUAAAUAUUAAGUAAAGAAAUCGCUACAAAACAAACCCAAAGAGCCUCUUUGUUCC